AUGAAGAAUAGAUAUACCGAAGAAGAUAUCGCAGAGGCUCUUAGAGCGAUUACAAAUGGAGCAAGCAUACGAAGAGCUAGCUUGGAUUAUGGUGUUCCACGUACCACACUUCACGAUCGAAUAUAUGGUGGAGUUUCGCAUCAAAAAGGCGCCCAAAUACUUCAAAAGUUAUCUCCAAUUCAGGAGAAUCGACUAGCAGAAUGGAUAUUAGUACAGGAAGCUCUUGGUACUAGCCCUACACAUCGUCAAAUCAGAGAGAUGGCAGAGCACCUCCUUAUUGUACGAGGGGAGGAUCCCUCACUUGGAAAGAAAUGGAUACAUAGCUUUUUUCGAAGGCAUCCUAAUAUUGGAACUAAGAAGCAACAUCAAAUCGAUUCUGCACGAGUUUCAGGUGCUACAUCUGAUAUUAUUAAGAAGUGGUUCCGGAACCUCGCAAUCCCUGAAAUCAAGGCUAUUAAGCCGGCCAACAGAUAG